ACUAAAUUCAUGAAGGAACUUCAAAUAGGAUUUGAAAAUAAUAUAGAGAAGUAAAGAUAAAAAUUUUUGAGACACUUAUAUGAUAUUCUUGAUGUAUUGAUUAAUAAUUAUAAAAUAGAAUCAUAACAAUUAUUAGAUCAUAAGAUGGCAUUAAGAUGGAUUUGUAAUAUGGAAUGUUGAAGAAUUUAAGAAAUAAUUGUUACCUAUAAAUUUUAAGCACAAUAAUUACUAAAGUCUAAUGAGAUAACUCAAUAAAUAUGGAUUCAAAAUAAAAUCUAAAGAAAAUUAAAAAGCAUAUUUCAUUCAUCCUACAAUUAGAGAGAAUAACAGAGAAACAAAGAGAGUGUUAAUGAUAAAAAAGAAUUAAUAGAAAAUAGAUUACUAAAAAGAAUUAAAAGUAUUAAGGACACAAUUGAACAAUCUCAAAGAAGGAUAAAAGAUCUUAAAUAAAUAGUUUUAACUUUCAAUUAAAAUCAUGAUGAGAUUACAAUCUUAUUAUGCUAGAUUGAAUAUGGUAUUGAUUUAUUUUUAUUUAGAUGACUUUACAUACUGUUGGAUUUGCAAAUAUAUUUGGAAAUCUUUUGUAUGCAAAUCAUAAAAGAAUAUGGGGAAAUAUAGGAGGAGACCUUUUUUAGGUAUGAAGUUUCAUUUAAAUUAAGUUAUAAUUAAAUUCAAUUGUUUAAGGAUUUCCUGAACUAUUAGAAACCAGAUUGACAACUCCAAUGAUUAGCAACUUAGGAACUCCAUUGCCUUUUUAUUAAUUUAUUGGAUAGAUGAAGGAAUUCACAAACUUACUACUUUAAUGAAAUUUAUUUACAU